GCGAUCAUUUUCACGUUGUAUAAUAUGUUUAUUAUUUAAACAUUUCCAUAAGUAAACAUUUUAUGCUACUUUCAUUUUAACUGAUGUAUCUUAUGUAUCUUGCUAUAUUCAAAUGAAGGAUUAUAUUUUCCUACUUUACAUUUAUUUUAAUUUCAUUACAGUUUCUUCCACUUUAUCUUAGUUUUGUAUGUGAAAUAUUGUAGUUCUCAUAAUCUCCAUAGAUCCGAGGGAACAAUGAAGUAUCAUGAUUUUGCUUUUUCCUGCUAAAAGGAAGUCAAAACAAACCACUGUUCAUUUUCUGAACUUUUAACUUUUAAAAUGUUUCUCUGUGUUUUUAUUCAGUAUGUGACCUAGUUUUGUGUAUAUUUAUGUUUUGUGAAGCUGGAUCUCAUCAGGGAGAUUUAAACACAUCCUCGAAGGGGAACCCCCGUUGAUUUGACAUCUUCCCCAUGUCAGUGAAUGGGACAUGCAGCAGACAUAUUAAUUUCUUAUCUGAUGCUAUAAAAAUAGGGUGAAACCUAAUGAUUGAUUAGAUGGUAUCAGAUGAUCUGUCCCUCUGGGGAACACGGGCAGGACUUUAGCCUUAAAUGUGACUAUAAAACUAUGAGUGAUUGUCUGAGAGACGAAGACAGACGCCGCCUCUGAAGUUCAAACAUGAAAGUCCUCGUGGUUCUCGCUCUCGCCCUCUUCUCCGUUUGCAAUGCCGACGUCCAGAGCCAGGAGGCGCCCAAGAUCAACCUGGAGCGGGUGAAAGGCGCUUUCUUGGACAGAAUUGGCGAAGCUGUGCUCACUGCUGCGACCUGGGAGAAGGAGUUCAGACAGUCUGAGCUGGGACAAGACGUCCACGCCAGGAUCACUCAGAGCACCGACUCAGUGAAGCAGUAUUUCACAGCUCUGCUUUCUGAGGACGUCAUGAUCCAGCUCACCCAGGAGGCCGAGAAGCUGCAGGUCUGUCUGACGGAGGGUCUGACCACGGUGGGAUCCAGCCUGCAGCCAAUCGCCGAGGACCUGGCGGCCAAACUCCAGACGCAGGUGGAAGCCCUGCUCCCCGAAACCCAGAGCCUCCAGCAGCAGCUGACCCAGAAGACCCAGGAGAUCCGGGAGAGGCUGAUGCCGUACGGGGACGGGAUGAAGGACAAGCUGUAUGACGGCUUCAACUUUCCACGUCACACUGCUUCUAAAGCCUCCACACACCAACUGUUUCUCCCCAGUUUGCUCAUUGUAUAUCUUAUUAAAUAAGAAAAAGAGAAUUCAUGGAUGUAGAUGAAAAAAACACCAGUUAUGUUUAGAGGACUGAUUUUUGAGGGCAGAUCAAAGUAGAAAUCUGGAUGUAGUGAAUUUAAAUGUGGCUUCAUAAGGGGAAUGUUUGCUAUUCAAGUUGCUGUAGUCACUUGUUAAACGGCUUGAUGCUCUCACACUGUUGUCUAACAUGAAAUUGUCCUAUUUUCUAAUAAAGUUCUCUGGUGUUGUGUAACUCUC